AUCACUCCUCCAGCAGGAGAUCAGAUUAUGCCGCAUCACGACCGGACGAGACGCUGACAACAACUUGAUGAGCCCAGAUAUCAGCCACCGCGGCCGCUCACCUCACCUUCGCGCCAAUUCACAUCCAUCGCCAUCAUGACGGCCCCUCCCGCUUUGGCCCGGGCAAGAGCGGCCAUCAACGACCGGAUCGCUUCCAUCAACGCUCUCAAGGGCCUUCCCCCGCAGUCCAUCCUCCUCAUUUCCACCCUCAUUCUCGUCAACAUCCUCGUCUGGCUCGCCGUCGCCUUACCCAUCCUCACCACGCAUCCUAAGCUGGCGGCCCCCGCCGCUAUAUCCUGGACACUCGGCCUACGCCACGCCCUCGACGCAGACCACAUUGCCGCCAUCGACCUCACGACGCGGCGCCUCAUUGCCGCAGGCCAGCGCCCUGUUUCUGUGGGCACAUUCUUCUCUCUAGGCCACAGCACCAUUGUCAUCAUCACCUGUAUCGUUGUCGCAGCGACGAGCGGUGCUCUGAGGGAGCGCUUCGACGGAUUCGCCAAGGUAGGUAAUAUCGUCGGUACGAGCGUCAGCGCUGCCUUUCUCAUCGUGCUGUGCCUUGGCAACGGAUGGGUUCUUCAUGGCCUGGUCCGACGACUGCGAGCUACGCUCGCCGCGCAGCGGGAUAGUGGGGUGGCGGCAGGGGAGCAGCAGCAGAUGAGCCAGGAUGAGGUCCAGCGCGUGGCGGAAGGCCAGUUCCACCUCGAGGGCGGCGGAUUUAUGGGACGGGUCCUGAAGAAACUGUUCCGGGCUAUUGAUCGCCCGUGGAAAAUGUAUCCUUUGGGUGUCGUCUUUGGACUUGGCUUCGAUACGUCCAGCGAGAUUGCCAUCCUCGGCAUCGCCAGUAUCCAGGCCGCACAGGGCACGAGCAUCUGGGUCAUCCUCAUCUUCCCCGCCCUGUUCACCUCGGGCAUGUGCCUCCUCGACACCACAGACGGCGCCCUCAUGCUCGCUUUAUACACGUCUAAGGCCUUUUCCCGCGAUCCCGUGGCCAUUCUGUACUAUUCCAUCGUCCUCACCGGCAUCACCGUCGCCGUCUCUGCUUUUAUUGGCUUGGUGCAGGUUUUGUCUUUGGUGCAGAACGUGGCGAAGCCUCAUGGGAGGUUCUGGGACGGCGUGGAGGCCAUUGGCGACAAUUUUGACAUUGUCGGCGGAUGCAUCUGUGGUGCCUUUUUGCUCGUGGGCAUUGGCUCCAUCAUCUUGUAUAAGCCAUGGAGGCGACAAGCGGACGCGGAUGAGUUGAGGAAUGAGGGCGAGGCAGGGACAGUCGACGCUACGCAUGAUGGUAUGCCAAGCGGAGCAGCAGUGUCCCGCGAGUCAACACCGCUGUUGGGAGUCGAUCAGACACCCAUCAGCAAGGCCACUGAUAGUAGUCAGGUAUGAGGACCUGGACAGGGCCUUGGUAUUUGAUCCAAGAUGAAGCAUACCGUAGACAAGCUCUUGGUUGCAAUGUUCUACAGGACACUAGAGUCUCUCGUGACAUUUUCUUGAGGACCAGGUCAAAGCAUGUGUCUGCAACCACUAAUCCACCUGGUAAGAAGUGGCUCGGCACAUUAAAUGUCUUCGUCUCCUUCAACUUAUACGUACGCGCAUCCUAUUGCGCCCCUACCAUUGACUAGCUCGCAUACUUCGCCCCCGCGGCGGGGGCUAGAGUUCUAGUUGAGAUGACU